AUGGCUAACAACACAGACCUCAAGAUAUUCUACACCGGAGCAACUGGGUACCUCGGAGGCGAUGCUUGGGCAUUGUUGAUUGAGAAGCAUCCGGAGUGGGAGGCCCGGUCAACUCUGCUCGUUCGCAACGAGGAGCGUGGCAAAGUCGUCAAGGCAAAGUAUCCAGGUGCUCGCCUGCAAAUGCCGACAUCGUUGUUCAUUGUGCGAAUCGAGGACCCUCACUCGUCCCAGGCUCUGAGCAAUGGAUUAGCCAAGCGACGUCGUGAUGGUUCCGCAUACUGGGUCGCUCUCUCUGGAACCGAUAACAUCACUUGGAGGACCAUCGAGGAGGGUUCUUACGGUACCUCUUACGACCAUGUGUACGAUGACAUGGAUCGUGUUUCUGAAGUCACUUCUUUGCCGGAUCAAGCCCCGCAUCGCGAUGUCGAAAAGAUCCAACAGCAAUGCAUCACCCAAAACCCUUCGGUCAAUCUAGCCAUUGUCUGCCCAUCUUGCGUCUAUGGUGUCGGUGAGGGAUGCGGCAAUCAACGCAGCAUUCAGUUACCAGAGCUUGCCAAGUACACCAUCGAAAACGGCUAUGCCUUCAAAGUAGGCCAAGGGCUCUGCCGAUGGCCCAACGUUCACGUACGAGAUCAUAGCAGAAUAGUGCUAUCCCUCAUUGAAGAUGCCAUGCAAGGCGGAACUCAUGCUACAUGGGGGAAAGACGGCUACUAUUUCGCGGAAAAUGGCGAGCAUGUGUGGGGAGACAUCGCCCGAUUGGUAGCUGAGGAGGCCAAGAAGCAAGGGCUUGUAGACAAUGCAAACGUCAAGUCUUUCUCUGCCGAGGAGAUUGACACUCAGCUCGACUUUGGGUCUGCCUUCUAUGGAACAGACUCGAGAUGCAAAGCUAAGCGGGAUCGCCAAGUCCUUGGAUGGAGGCCUCAGCAGGACAGUCUUGAGGCUGAGAUCGCGAAAGCUGUUACAAUUGAAGGAAGGAGUCUAGGGAAAUAA